AUGGUUACAGCAAAAGAAGGAAUCAUGGAGCUACAGAUUAAAAGAGUGCAAGUUCAAACUUUGUGUCCAGUUUGUCAGCAAGAGAACGAAUCUAUUCUGCACAACCUGGUAUCUUGUUAUUUCGCUCAACAAUGUUGGUUGCUCCUUAAAGUUGAUAAUCAGGGGACAGGAUGUUUAGAUUUUACUACUUGGUUGGAGCGUGUGUUGCAUACAGCAAGUUCGAAGGUCCAAGCUGAAAUCAUCACACUAUGCUGGGCAAUAUGGCGUAAUCGUAAUGAUAUAGUGUGGAACCAACGCUUCUCAUCAGUCAAUAAAACAGUAGCUGCAGCGAAGCAGUACCUUACACAAUGGUCAAUAGCCCAAAAUAGGUCUUCUACUACCCUUCUCCAGCCUACUUUCGAAGGAGAUGGUGAUUGUAUUUGGGUUAAUCCUCAACAGAAUUCAGUUAAGGUAUCAGUUGACGCGGCUGUUUUUGAAGACAAGGAUGCAGCAGGGUUGGGUCUGGUUGCGAGAGAUGAUAAUGGAGAGCUUAUCCAAGCAAAGACACUUAUACUGCCAAGCAAAGUUGCUCCAGUUCUAGGUGAAGCCAUGGCAGUGAAAGAGGCAUUGAGCUGGAUAGAUGUGAUGCAGUGGCCAAAGGUAAUUCUGGUCUCAGAUUGCUUGGUUGUGGUACAAGCGAUCAGGAGCAAAACACCUAUGAGAUCUCAGUUCGGUAAGGUUAUUGAAGAUUGUCGGAGCUAUAUCCGAAGGUUGAACAAAAUUUCUUUGUAUCAUGUUAAGCGUUCUGCAAAUAUGGUUGCCCAUCAACUUGCUAGGGAAUCAUAUAAUUACCCAGAUCGUACUUUUGAUAGAGACUCAAUUCCGAGCUCUGUUAAAUAUUGUAUUGAGAUGGAUUUGAAGUGCUAA